UUUUUGGGCUACGGCAGCCCUCCCGUUUUUACCCGAUUUUCCAAACCGGGAUCCGGGAAGCCAUGUUAGCCAUCCAUAAAUUGGACAAAAACGCCUGUGAAAGUAUCAGGCCCAUUUCACUUUCACCCAUUCCUAUGACAUUUAUGAUUUAGUAAUAACAAAUGCAUCCUGAUUUGUCUCCUCAUCUCCAUACACCAGAGUGUAAUGCACUUAUAAAGCAACUGCAAGACUGUCACACAAAUCACACCUUCCGCAAAUUCUUUGGACAUUGUAAUGAGCUGGACACUCAAGUCUGGAAGUGCUUGAAAGAAGAAAGAUUGGAGCGACGCAGAUUGAAUUACAUCAAUUCUAUUAAAAGAAAAGAACACUUGAGGGAGGCUAUGAAAAAAACAAAAGAAGAUAAGGAGCCUCUAAAAACGUGACAGUUCCCUAUGUAACAUGGAACUAGAUGUAAAAAAAUAAUAGUUAUUAUUUUGUAAAUUUGCAAAAUUAUU